GUACAGACGAGGGCAGCAGAACACCGGAUUUACCCCGCCAACCGUCGAGCACGAGGGGUACGAAGAGAAAAGAACUCGCGAACUCGCACCCGUGAACGCGCAGCGACACUAAAUCCGCUAGAUUACUAAACCCGUCCCACAGCGAGGGAAGAUGAAUGUUUUUAACGAUUUACUGAAUUUAAACACACAGCAUACGUUUUUCCCCUAAAGGGUUAUGCUUAAUCAUAUAGUAGGAAGUGACUAAUUUAUUCAGGAGGACGCCUUUCUCGUCUUUUUGUCUUUUUUGUGGAAGAAAGAGCCCCGCGGUGCCGUCGGGCCAGUGGGUCGCCCGGAGUUGGAACAACGACGAGCUGCCCAUUACACUUUAAAUUAAAAUAAAGCCUCCUUUACGUGGAUUUUAAACGCUAACAGACGUCUAAGUUAACCUUUAGUUGUUGUUUUAGGGGUCAACAAUGACCCACAAUGUGCGACAGAGCUCCUCAGUGGACUGAUCAAAACAGUGUCAAAGGCUAAGCUAGGUUUUGGAUCCUGUUAUUGUUUAAGAUUUUUUAAUUUAUAUCUGAUGUGACACACGUGUUCCUGCGACGACUUGUGCUGACCCGACAGUAAAGUUUAUCUCCUUUGAACUUUGUAACUGAACGAUCCAGGAUGUCGUUUUUUAAUUUUCGUAAAAUAUUUAAAUUGGGAGCAGAGAAAAAGAAGAAACAAUAUGAGCAUGUCCGCAGAGAUGAAAAUCCAGAGGAGAUCUGGGACAUAAUCGGUGAGCUGGGAGAUGGAGCCUUUGGAAAAGUGUUCAAGGCUCAGAACAAGCAGACGGGCAUCUUAGCUGCUGCCAAAGUUAUUGACACAAAGACCGAGGAGGAGCUGGAGGAUUACAUGGUGGAGAUUGACAUCCUGGCCUCCUGCGACCACCAAAACAUUGUCAAACUGCUCGACGCUUUCUAUUAUGAGAGCAAACUCUGGAUACUCAUCGAGUUCUGUGCAGGAGGAGCUGUGGAUGCUGUCAUGCUUGAGCUGGAGAGACCCCUGACGGAGCCUCAGAUCAGGGUGGUGUGUAGGCAGACUCUACAGGCGCUCGUCUACCUCCACGAAAACAAAAUCAUCCACAGAGACCUGAAGGCCGGCAACAUCCUCCUCACGCUGGAUGGUGACGUCAAGCUGGCUGACUUCGGUGUCUCUGCCAAAAACACCAAAACGCUGCAGAGGAGAGACUCUUUCAUUGGAACGCCUUACUGGAUGGCUCCUGAGGUGGUGAUGUGCGAGACGUCCAAGGAUCGUCCCUACGACUACAAGGCGGACAUCUGGUCCCUCGGCGUCACAUUGAUCGAGCUGGCGCAGGUCGAGCCGCCCAAUCACGAGAUGAACCCCAUGAGAGUUUUGCUGAAAAUAGCCAAGGCCGAUCCUCCAACACUGAUGCAGCCGUCACGCUGGUCUUCAGAGUUUAGUGAUUUCCUAAAGCGGUGCCUGGACAAGAAUGUGGACAACAGAUGGAGUGCGCCACAACUUCUGCAGCAUUCAUUUGUGUCCACUGUGGCUGAUAGUAGGCCACUGAGGGAGCUGAUAGCCGAGGCGAAGGCAGAGGUCACCGAGGAGAUUGAAGAGCACAAAGAAGAAGAAGAGGAAGAAGACACAGACGCACAUCUGGGCCACAAACGCGCACCGUCAGAUGUCAGUGUUGCCAGCUCGGAAGACGAGAAGAUCCCCCUCUCCCCCUCCAUCUUGGAGUCAGUCCCUGAGAAGGUUGAGCCAAUUCCACCCAUCCCUGCACCCACUGAGCUCCCUGUGGAAAACCACCUGGUGGAGACCAGCUUUGUAGAGGAGCCUGCUGCGGAUGUACUUCCAGAGGAGGCUUCAGACGCUCAAGAGAAGGAUGAAGAGGCAGAAAAGAAACCAGUUGAGGAGGAAAACGUUGGAGAAGCAACAGUAGAUGUCACCUCACCAGAGCCAGAGACUGAACCAGAGGCACCUGUGAAGGAAAUACAGCAGCUGGAAAUAGCCGUUGAAGAUGAAAAGGAAGUAGAUACAGCUGAGGAUUCAGAGCAGUCAGAGGUUACUGUGACUCCUCAGGAGGAAAAAUCGCCUGUUGUGGAGGAACCAAACACUCCAACAGAGGAGAAGGAGGAGGAGAAAGACCGGUACAAACAUCUAAAAGUGACUUUAACCCUACCGCAGCAGGAUGAGGAGGUUCUAAAGGAGGAGAAUGGAGAGAAGGCCACAGAAAAGGAUAAAAUAAAUGCUGAGGAGGAGAAGACAGUUCCAGACAAAGCUAAAGAUGUCAAAGAGAGAGAUUCAGACUCAGGAAGUGGCUCAGCUGCCGACAACAGCAGUGUAGACCUGAAUCUCUCCAUUUCAAGCUUUCUGUCCAAAACAAAGGAGCCUGGAUCUGUUUCCAUACAGGACACAAAGCGUCAGAAGAAGACACUGAAAAAGACUCGUAAAUUCAUUGUGGAUGGAGUGGAAGUUAGCGUUACUACAUCAAAGAUCAUUACUGACAAUGACACCAAGAACGAGGAGAUGAGAUUCCUGAGGCGGCAGGAGCUGAGGGAGCUUCGCCUCCUGCAGAAGGAGGAGCAGAGAGCACAGCAGCAGCUCAGCAACAAACUGCAGCAGCAGAAAGAGCAGAUCUACCGACGCUUCGAGCAGGAGACAACGAGUAAGAAGCGUCAGUACGACCAGGAGGUGGAGAACUUGGAGCGGCAGCAGAAGCAAACCAUCGAGAGGCUGGAGCAGGAACACACCAACCGACUCCGAGACGAGGCCAAACGCAUCAAAGCCGAGCAGGACAAGGAGCUGUCAAAGUACCAGAACAUGCUGAAGAACCGCAAGAAGGAGGAACAAGAGUUUCUUCAGAAGCAGCAGCAGGAUCUGGACAGUGCUCUGAAGAAGAUCAUCCAGCAGCACAAACACGAGCUCGCCACCAUCGAGAGAGAUUGUCUCAACCACAAGCAGCAGCUUCUAAGAGCUCGGGAGGCUGCCAUGUGGGAGCUGGAAGAGCGCCACCUGCAGGAAAAACACCAGCUGUUCAAACAGCAGCUCAAAGACCAGUAUUUCAUGCAGAGACAUCAGCUGCUCAAGAGACACGAGAAGGAGAUGGAGCAGAUGCAGCGCUACAACCAGCGUCUCAUCGAGGAGAUGAAGAACAAGCAGACGCAGGAAAGAGCUCGGCUGCCCAAGAUCCAGCGCAGCGAAGCCAAAACCCGCAUGGCCAUGUUCAAGAAGAGCCUCCGCAUCACCGUGGCUGCCAUCACCCCCGAACAGGAGAGAGAGAAGAUCAAACAGUUUGCUGCUCAGGAGGAGAAGCGGCAAAAAAACGAGAGGCUCCAUCAGCACCAGAAACAUGAAAACCAGAUGAGAGACCUGCAGCUGCAGUGUGACGCCAACAUCCGAGAGCUGCAGCAGCUGCAGAACGAGAAGUGCCACCUGCUGAUCGAACACGAGACCCAGAAGCUGAAGGAGCUGGAUGAGGAGCACAGUUCUGGAGCUGGAAGGAGUGGGAGGGAGAAGCUGCGACCCAGGAAGAAGGCGCUGGAGGAGGAGUUCGCCAGGAAGCUGCAGGAGCAGGAAGUGUUCUUCAAGAUGAGCGGCGAGUCGGAGUGCCUUAACCCGUCCACCCAGAGCCGCAUCUCCAAGUUCUACCCGAUCCCCAGCGUCCACUCCACCGCUUCUAGGAGCAACCGACGAACAAACACUCGGUAA